GAGUAUAAAAUACGCGACGCGGUUUGCUUAGGCUUCAAAGUUUUGUUGACUUAGUUAGUUAAACGUUCCCAAUAUUUUUCACCAUGAAGCUGCUGAUUCUUCUUUUUGCGUUCAUCGCUCUUGCAAGCAAUUCUUUGGCUCUGAAAAAUGAAAUCUGUGGAUUACCCCCUGCCGCUAAUGGCCUUUGCUUGGCAUAUUUCCGCCGCUGGUCUUAUGAUUCUCAAUAUAACGUAUGCUUUCCAUUUACCUACGGAGGAUGUCAGGGCAACAAAAAUUCAUUUGAGACCCAGGAAGAGUGUAUGGCUAAGUGCGUGGAGUAAUAUCUCUACAAAGAUAUCUGUAUCUAUGUACGAAACACAAUACAAUGCUCGUUUAUGUUUGAGAAA